CCAACGGGUCUGCACAGGCCCAUCUGGCCUACAGUCUCCGUUGAGGACAACUGGUCUCAGCGUCGUGCUAAGCCCGCCGAGGCUGCAGAGUCAGAUGAUGUUGAGGGUCUCGCCACCGCGACUUUCAUCGUAGGCGAGCAGACUAUCAAGAGCACUACUACUUCUACCCGCACCUCGGUCUCUACCUUCACCAGGGCUCAGACACAGCCUCUGCCCACACGCACGGCUACCCAGACCUCCAUUGCUACAACAACUACGACCCAGACUCAAGCAGCUCCCACGCCUACCACCACUCGCACUACAGUCGUCACUUCGACAAAGGUUGCGUCUGCUACUUCUGAGAUAACCACUCGUACCUUUGUCGUUACUUCGACUAAGACUACGUCGGAGGCCGCAUCCACAUCCUCUGCUACUCCCGAAGACUCUUCGGACUCGGAGGAUGAGGAUGAUGCGUCGCCCGAUGAUGACCUUGAGGAGUUCAUGAACAUGCCUCAUUACUCCCGCAUUGCUCAGGAAGAGGCCACUCCCUACCCGUAUGAGCGAGUCUUUACGGAUCAGAAUGCCACUGCUAUUCACCAGCCCAUCGAGAGACACAACUUUGAUGAAUACGAUGCGAAGGACUGCGCCAGCUACUGCAACCACCACAGGGCUUGCAGGUCUUUUGCUAUCUUCAUCGAGCGCGAGCCGUCCUGCACGGAUUGCACGAACCCUGAGAGCACUGAAUCGAAUGUGUGCGAGCUGUACAACAUACCCUUGGAGCUCCAUGUUAUCACGGACGAGGGCAGCGAGCAAAACAUCCAGGGCAAGACGUUCACUCGUGUUAUUCGUGCUUCGAACGGAUACAACCGUAUCGGAUGGACCUACACCACCACUGCUAUACAGACCGUCACCGUUCGAGAGAGCGCACCGGCUGGUGCGACUGUCGAGAGGACCCGCACUGUUACAUCCUUUGGUCGUCCCAGCACCGUGACUUCGGUCCGCACCAGCUACGGAACGCCGUACACCAAGACCGUGACAGAGACCUUGUAUACACAGAUCAACGCCCCAGUCAGGACCACGACCCGCACUGUUACUAACACGGGCGCUGCAUCUCACUCUACUGUCACACAGACAGCGACCGAGACCGAGACUGAGACUGAGACUGAGACUGAGACUCUCUCCGAGCCCACCACGGUAACCAGCACCGCACGCCAAACCAUCGUCGUCUCCGCCCCCGCCCCCGCCCCCACCGUGACCAAGACACGCACCACCACGGAGACGACGCUGCAAACGACGACCGAGACGACCGAGACGACCGGUCAGCCCACGUUCACUCCGGUCUAUGAUGGGUCUAGCUCCGAGGAUGGGUCUAGCUCCGAGGAUGAGGGGGAGAUGUUUGGCGCACCGGUUGUUGGGUACUGGCGCAUCUAGAAUCGGAAAGUGAAGAAGGACUAGGGGAUAGGAGGAUAGAAAGGAUAAAAAAAGGAUAGAAAGGAUAGGAUGAGGGGGAUUGGGACUAGGUUUAGCAUGGCGUAAGGCGUUCAUGGGGCAAAAGGUACGGAAGAUGCGUGAUUGGGUAUCGGGAUUUUUUUUUCUUGGUUGUGGACUUGGAGGUUAAGGGGGGUCCUCAGUAGAGGCCACCAAAGGAGGGUGGAUAGAAAUCAUGA